GGCAGACGGAAGUGUUGUGUGUUGUUGCCGGAAGUGGCGAGGGAAAGUUUGUGAUGGCGGCUGCAAUUUUAGCCGAAAAGGUGCCGGUGGACAGCGCGGAGGAGGGGGAGCAGCCCCUGGCGACGGCGGCGGAGCUGGCCGCGCAGAAGCGCGAACAGAGGCUUCGCAAAUUCCGGGAGCUGCACCUGAAGCGGAAUGAGGCUCGCAAAUUGAAUCACCAAGAAGUUGUUGAAGAAGAUAAAAGACUCAAGUUACCUGCUAACUGGGAAGCCAGAAAGGCCCGUCUGGAAUGGGAACUGCAGGAAGAAGAAAAGAAGAAGGAAUGUGCCGCAAGAGGGGAAGACUAUGAGAAAGUGAAGCUGCUGGAGAUCAGUGCGGAAGAUGCGGAAAGAUGGGAGAGGAAAAAGAAGAGGAAAAACCCUGACCUGGGAUUCUCAGAUUAUGCUGCUGCCCAGUUACGUCAAUAUCAUCGGCUGACCAAACAGAUCAAACCUGACAUGGAAUCUUAUGAGAGACUGAGAGAAAAACAUGGAGAAGAGUUUUUCCCAACAUCCAACAGUCUUCUUCACGGAACACACGUGCCUUCCACAGAGGAGGUUGAUAGGAUGGUCACAGAUCUGGAAAAGCAAAUCGAAAAACGAGACAAAUACAGCCGGAGACGUCCUUAUAACGACGAUGCAGACAUCGACUACAUUAAUGAAAGGAACGCUAAAUUCAACAAGAAAGCAGAAAGAUUCUAUGGGAAGUAUACGGCUGAAAUUAAACAGAAUUUGGAAAGAGGAACAGCGGUCUAAUCCCUUCAGGAACUGUUAGGAACUGUUUUUAAAAGCUUGACAAUGCUGGCAAAUUGAAGUUCUCUUCAAAGUUUUAUCAGGAAACCAGCAGUCAUUCUACGAUGCCUUCCUCAUCAGCAUUUGGAAAUAAAUGUUUUUCUUAAACAUAUACUUCCAUGUAUAUUCCCCUAUUUCUGUGCUUGGAUAGAAGAUGCAUUUUAAGAUGUAGUGUACUUGGUCUGUAAAAAUCUACUUUGUAUAAAUACUAAUUAUUUUUCUAUGUAUUUUAAACGUAUAUGACUAAUCUUUGAAGCGUUUGGGCCUCAGACGAUCGGCAGCAUACGUAAAUGCAGUCAUUGUUGCUUUGAAUAUUGUUAAGAAUUUGACAAAAUCUAGAGCUGGACUCGGCAACCUUUUGAGCUUGUAGACUCCGAAGCUAAGUACAGCGAGGAGGAAGGAAGGUGGCCAUGGCUACUGGAGGGCUCUGUCUACCCACGGCUGCUUAGGACCAAGUUCGGGAAGCAGCAGAACUGUCUUCUAUGAAUAUUGACAUAUACAGUUCCUUUUAUAAAAAGCAAAUAUCCUGUGGAAUAGAAUCCCUACUAAACACUAAAACAUUUAAAACAAGAAAGUGUAUAUAUAUAUAUAUAUGUAUAUAUAUACACACAUAUACAUACUCGUGUGUACGUAUAUAUAUAUAUAUAUAUAUAUGCUGAAGUCUGUGCUUUCGCUGUAUAAACAUUAAAAAAUUUUUCAUUUAUGGGGAAUUCAAGACAGUCAAUAGAAGACAGAAUAAUACAAUGAAUCCCGUAUACCCAGUGUCUCUCUUCAGGAAUCCUCAACUAGCCAGCCUGUUUCCUCUUCACUUCUAUCUACUUUCUCCUCCAUGAGUCCCAUGUGACUUUGAAGCAAAUAUUAGAUGUAUAAUUUUGUCUGUAAAUAUUUUAGUACCUGAAAGAUAAAGACUGUUAUUAUCACAACAAUAGUUUUAAGAAAAGUCCAGAGAGACAGAUUGGUAUGGCUUUUUCUAUGUGUUGAAUAAAAUGCUGAAUACCUAAUGGGGGGCAUUCCAAAUCUGAAAGAGAAAAUUUCAUAAAUAUA